AUGAUAAGAGAAGAAGUUGCGGUUAAUGUGCAACGAGAGUUUGAGAAACGGGAUGCCAAGGAUAAAGGCAAAAAGACCGAGAAGGAGAAAGAUGUGGAAGUAACGGGAGAAAGGGUUUACAAAAAGAAGUUCACUUUUAGGGACUUCGAAGUAUGCCACCCACCGGAAUAUCACGGUGACCGUGAUCCCAUCGUUUGUACUCGGUGGAUAUCGGAGAUAGAAGGGGUUUUCCGUACUAGUCAAUGCCCCUCACAUUUGAAAGUUAUAUUUGCGGUGGGUAUGCUUAGAAAUAGUGGAAAAAGAUGGUGGGAUGGAUUGUUGGCCAUGUUCUUCAAAGAGUUUAGGUCGGAGGCCGAAGUAACUAAAUUGAGAAGUGAAUUUCUCAAUGAUUGUCAAGGGAGAUUAAGCUUGAAUGAAUUUCGCGCUCAAUUCUUGGAUAAAGCACAAUUUUGUUCGGAAUUUCUUGAGAACGAUCAAUUGCUAAAAGAGCAAUUUUACAUGAAAUUGAAGAAAAGCUUGAGGGAAAAGAUAAGCUUGCGUCAAAUGGAGUCUUUUUCUAUGUUAGCGGAUGUGGCUCAAGAUCAUGAGAUUGAGCAGACGCGAGUGGAUAAGGAUGUCACGGGAAGAAAGGUUGAGAGUACCGAUUCCCCAAACAAGAAACCUAAGCACGUUGGAAGUUCAAGCGAAGGAUUUGCAAAGAACGACAUUCCUUUUUGCCAUCAAUGCAAAAGGAUCCAUUCAGGUGUGUGCAAGGCAUCAAUGAAGGGUUGUUAUAAUUGUGGAAAAAUGGGGCAUAUGAGUCGAAAUUGUAAGGCGGGGUCGGAGAAGCCGAUCAUGUGUUUUAAAUGUUUUGAAGGGGGACAUAUGAGGAGUUCUUGUCCAUUGCUAACUGAAGAGGAGAGGCAAGAAGAAAGGAGAAAAGAAGUGGAAAGAAGGAAUGCACAAGCUUAUGGAAAUCAACAAGGUAGGUCCUUCCAACUUACCUUAGAGUAA